ACAUUGUCCACCCACACAGAUCCCGGUGUAGCCAAGGAUGCCUGGCGCAACUGGCCGCAAAACCAAGUCACAAUGACGCACACAGCAGUACAACCUACAGCAGAGUGCAGCCAGCCGUGCAACACAUCAGAUUAUUAUAAUACACCCCCCCCACCAAUUAUUAGCCUCUACAGGCGUAUCUUUAAUGCCUCUGACAGUAUAAAAGGCACAUGGCAUCCUAUCCCUCCUAGCAGUAUUCUAGUCUCAUAACGCAAAGAUGAUCGAGCCGACAAAUCCCCCCCCCCCCCCCCCCCCCC